UUUGCUUUCUCCACUGAGUUAAAAUGCUUCCUAUUCAAAUAACUUUAUUUUAAUUUAUGUGACAAUAAAAAUUACCCCUUCUGAUUCUUGGUAAAAAAACGCUUCAAUUCAAAAAUGUCUGUAAAUAGUACUGAGAUCAAACAAGAAAAAAUAUGGAAAAAAAAUUUGUGUGGUGAAAGUGCAAAAAAAGUGUCACGAAAAAAUCCUUGGGGCUCUAAAUCUUACUCGGAACUCAUUACCGAAGCGAUUGUAUCAGCAAAAAAUAAAAGGAUGACUUUAUCGGAAAUUUAUGAAUACAUUAUUCGCAAUGUCCCCUAUUUUCACGACAAAGGGGACAGCAAGAGCUCCUGUGGCUGGAAGAAUUCAAUUCGCCACAACUUGAGUUUGCAUAACCGAUUCCAACGGAUUCAACCUGAUGACAUUGAAACUACAAACCGAUGCUCCUAUUGGCAAAUGAACCCUGUGGCUGGUUCUCAGAAUACGCCUAGAAGAAGAAGUAGCCGUUCACGGCGCAGAAAUAGAACAAGAAUUCGACACCCUAUGAUUUAUAAUUCUGGACAAUUACUCACUAAUAGAGCAUCUCUUCCUAACUUGCCCUAUUUAGGAAGAGACAACUUCUCUACUUUUCAAGAAAACUUAAUGAGUACACCAGCAUGGAGCUCUGCUGCGUCAACUACAACUGCGUCAGCUGAUUUAUUUAUAAAGUCUAAGACUGUGUCAGAAUUCGAUCUAAGAAAUUAUAGAAGCUUACAGAUUACGGAUCUGAAAUAUUGUUCUAACACUCCAAUGACUAACAAUUCAUACUUGAAUGAUUCCCCACCAAACACUGAUAAAACUGAUCGAUCCAAUGUUAUGAGAAUCAAUCAUUAUCCACAACAAUUUCAAUUUAAUGCUGAUUUAUUCUCUAGAAAUCUUUGCAUGUCAGAAAAUCAACAUAGCAACAAAUCAUUCAUUGAAUAUGUAUCUACAGAAAAUGGCGCGGUUGACUGUCAUCUAAAUGAAAGUGAUGUAAAAUCUGGUUACAGAUCGAUACUACCUUUAACUGGUUCAGGAUGUUUCACUAGUGCUCACCACUUAAGUGGAAGUUUUGUAACAACUAAUACUACUGAAUAUUCAAAUAGUUCCGGCUUGUCAGAAUAUAUGAAUGCAUCUACAAAUGAUUCUAAAAUAGUUGAUUUUACGGAUACCUCAGACUCAAAAACUAUCAUUUACGACAAAUCAGAAUUUAUUAACGUUCCAAUUUAUGAAAACCAACCGAUUAAUUCCUCUGAAUCAAAAUUUGAAUUUUUAAAUAAAUCUACUGAGUUUCAAUCAACUAAUACUGCAGAAUUUGACAAUAACUCUGAUUCAAAAACAGCUAAUUUGGAUGAUAAAGUGUUUUUUAAUCUAUCUUCUCGUUUAUUUCAGACAAAUGAGCAAUCGCACGAGAAAGAAAGCGUUGCGGGAUCUGAAAUCAAUUUGAAAUCUAACUAUGACAAACUGAUCACUAACUACCCAGAUCGUACAAAAUCAUUGUCAAGAGAAAUGAACUUAUCCGGACUGUUCAGCAAUGAUACAAUUGGCAAUUUAGAUCAUGCGAUUUCAAAAAAUGAGACAAGCAUUAGAGACAUAAAUGAACCCGUGAAAAAUUCGAUCUUAGAAAGUAAUGCCUACCAAGAGGAAAAUAAAAUGGACAUGUUGAAUAGAACUGCCGGAAAUGAGAAUUCAUCACACUUAGAAAUGCAUAAGUUAAAUAAUACUAGGCAAAAUGAUGUUUUUUGGGAUCAAGAUGUUACUCUAUUAGGUUUUGACGAUGCCAAAAUUGAACCAUCGCCCCUUUUGGACACAUUUUCAAGUGCCAUCUUUCCAUCUUCUUCUGUUAGAAGUUUUACGGAUAAAGAAAAAUGUAACCCAGAAGUAUUAAAGAAAUGUGAGCAAGAAGUUGAAGCAAUUCUACGUAAGAUGUGGAGAGAAGAUUAUGCUAUUAUGGCCACGGAAGAUGCUGUCAAAACUGAAUGUGAAUUUACAUCGGAAAGUUUUUGUGAAAUGGAAUUAGAUGAAAUCUAUAAAGGAAACUCAAGGGAAAAUGAAAGUAUAAGUUAUGAAUUGGCAAGUGAUUAUGACUGCUUUAGGUCUGUGAACAGUGAUUCUAAUGCCUUUGACUUCAAGGUAAAAGUGAGAGAUGAGUGUGAAGAAGAUGGAAAAAAUCAUUGUUUCCAAAGUUCACUAAGUAAUACAAUCAACAAAAAAGUUGUAGACAGUAUAAGGGAUAUGAAAGACAUAAAUAAGUUGCAUUAUACCAUCUCCAUCAAAAAUAAUACUCCCGAAGAUUUGGAAAUGCUUGAUGUGAGUUCCAUGCAUCUUGCAGCAACUUUUGAUAACUUCUCAGAUGAUAAUUGUGUUCCUGAAAAUGUAUACGACUCCGAAACAUUUGAUUUCUCCAACACUGAUUCAUCAAUUCAAUCAUCUCCAGAAAUCACCCAACAAUUUGAUUCUUACUAUGAUUCUAGAUGCUUUGACUUAGAUGAAGAUGUUUCUACUCUUAAUGAACUUAACUUUACUUCAGAAAAUCAACAAAACGAGUUUUUCUUUUCUGACGAAGAGAUCCUCUUAAACGAUACCUAUGAUUUCAGUAUGCCUGAGUUUGAUGAUUUAAAUGAGCAGCCAUCUCACGAAACAGAGUGGCAUCUAACAGAUUCGGUUUUUCCUGAAGUUAACUUAAGAAUUGAUGACAUAUAUCUAAAUGAGCUCAAUGGUGCACAAAAACAUUAUCUAGACAGUAUUAAUCUUUCCGAAAUUUCAGAUGAAAACAGUUUCAUUGAUUUUGUUAACUACAACAACGAAAUCGACAGACGUUUUGCACUCGCCAAUAAAGUGAAAAUUGAAUGCAGCAGUGAAUUGGAUGGAAGUAGACAAGGUAACAGUAUUUUAUCAAACUCAAAUUUUGAACAUAGUUCUAUUACCAGUGGUCAUAAGCAUUUGAACAUUCCUGAAGAAAUAGCUUUUCUCAAAAAUUGCAAUGCACUAAAAUCUGGCAAAAGGUUACCAAAAAGUCUGAAAUAUAUGAAUUCCCCUAACAACAAUCAUGAAAAUACUUCUUCAUCAAUUAAUAGAAUAGUGAAUAAUCUAAGGAACAAAGUUGAGAAUAAUACCCAAAAUGAAUUGUCAUCUGUUUUCCGUGAAGUUCCAAACAAUGACAUUUUCGAAACUGUUUUCUCAGAAGUUAAAUUAGAAGAUUUUGGAAUGAUAAUGCAGAAAGCAUUUCCUAAUUCCUCAGGAAAAAAAACUCAUAUUUUCAAAAGAAAAGACAGUGGUUUUUCGGAGAGUUGUGCUGAAAAAAUUGUUGAAGAAAAUGAGAAUAGUGACACAGUUAUUUGUUUAAAUUCUGUAAGCAGUGAAGAGUCGAACGGCACUGAAGAUUUAGAUCCAGAAAAUGAAGAAAUGGUUGAGAAGCGCUCUCCCAAGUAAUGUCUUUGCAUAUAAAAUUUCAAAAGUGUCAACAUUUUUUAAAUUUCAUUUAAUGUAAUUAUGAAUCACGAAAAUUAUGAAAUCAUCAAUCUCCUUCAUUUAAUGUCUUUGAAUAUAAAAUUGUAAUUGUGUCAAUAUUUUAAAAAUCUCAAUUUAACGUAAUUAUUAAUCAGGACACUAAUGAAUUAAUUGAGAAACACAAUGCAAAGUAAAAUUUUUGCAUAUAAAAUUUUAACUGUGACAAUAUUUAAGAAAAUUUUAAUUUAAUGAAAUGUUGAAAAAAAAGUUUUAGGAAGUGCAGUUUCAUGUUCUUAUUUAAAGUACAAAUGAUCUCAUAUCAGUAUAUUUAUAUCUUAAUUUUAAUGAAAAUGAUAUACUGUACAAUAUAGUAUACUACUCUUUGAAAGUUCGCAUUCAAACAAUUCAAACUUUCAUUUUUUGAAAUGCUAACUUUAAACUUUUAAAAAGCAUGCAUUGUUUUGAAAGCAGUUUAUUCCUUCAAGAAAAUUGAAGUGGAUAGAUUGUUUUACAACAUCCAGAACAAUAUUUUCUGACAACAGCUUUUCAGAUCUUUCAUAGGUUGUUUUAAAAUUUAGCUAUGAAUAAAAUCUUAAACCCUUACAAAUCUUGUAUGUAACAACGUUUCAGAAUUCGAAUGUUGUUGAAGUCGUUGGUCAUUGAGGCCUCAUUUGGUCAUUGCCUUUGGUCAUUCUUGUUUUCCAGUGGUGCCAUCUAUGGUCAAGAAUUCAGCUUCUGUGACACUAAUAAGACGCACCCUUUUAUAGAGCAGACCCAUUAAUUCAUCCACAGAUAGUAAUUUUGACCUGAACCAGAGGACGAUCAAUCUCUAAUUCAGUACCCCUAGACAUGUAACUUUUUAUGGGAACAUGGAGGACUUUAUGACCUGACAGAUUAAACGUGCACCAGUCAUCAUUUACUACUGUCUUAGGACAGUUGCAUUUGAACUCUCGUUCUCACGAAUGGAAGUCCAGCACCUGCCAACCAGGCUAUCCCGGCCCCUACACAUUGAAAUAUUUUUAUAAAUUCAAAAAUAAAUCCCGGAAAACAGUAGUAAUUUAUAGAAAGCGAAGAAAGGGUAUAGAAAAAAACAUGUUAUCCAAUUACGAAGAGCUAUUUAAGAUUAUUGUUGAAUGUUAAAUGUUGUUAUUGUUAUUGUAAAAUCUUCUUAAAUUGUAAUAUAUUAAAUUCAUUGAAUUUUUAUAAAUGAAUUACCAAAUGAAAGCCUAUUUCAGUUUAGUAAAGCAAAUUACAAUUAUUUUUUCAAUAUUUUUCUACUUAUUGUCUGUAUACUGAUUCAUACAUUUUUCAAAAGGGAAAACAUUCUCGCGAAAUUUUUUUAUUUUUAUGACUUUCUACUUUAAUUUUCCUUAUUCUAAGCCCAAACAUUAUCUUCACAAAAGAUCGAUCCUCUUAAUAACUUUAUUUUGCUUAUCUAACACUGAUUAACAAAUAUUUUUUGUUCUCUGCUGUAUGAAUAUUUUUUACAGAUCUUAGAUAAUUUUACAUUGCGGAUUUCAAAUCUGCAUUCGGUUUCUCUCUCCUGGCUAUAAUUUUUUUUUAAAUGACAUUUUUGGUCUACUUUUUAUCAAAUUAUACAAGUUUAAAAGCGUUACAUAUAACAAUGAGUCACGUACUUGUUGUGACUAACUUCUAAGGGAAUUAGGGCACAUCAUCAGGAUUAAAAUUGCAUAGGAACU